AUGGCUUUGUGUUUCGUGCCGAAGUCGGGAAAGAAGAGCGUGUAUGGCUUGCAGCAUGGCAGAUUACAUCUUGAUACAAAUGUGCCGAUGUGGAUGAACAUGGGGUACUGGAAGAAUGAUGCCCCAAGGCCCAAGAGUCUGGCUGCAGCAUGUCGAGACUUACUGAACCUUGUGCUUACUGAAGCUGGGAUACUCGACGGAGCGGACUCGAAAAUCUCGAGGUGUCUCAUUGACGUCGGCUUCGGCUGUGGCGAGCAGACUAUUCACCUGAUGAGCGAAAAGCCUGUCCGGCCUUCUGACAAGAUGUGGUGGGACGAGGAGCAUCAAAGCGCUUUGUUCGAUCAGUAUAUCGGUAUCACGCGAGACGAAGGGCAGUGUCGAUAUGCUCAAGAACGCGUGGACGAACUAAAGAAGGACAACGUUAACCUCUUCUGUGCAGAUGCUUCAAGACCUGAUAUCUGGGGUAAACAAUUGCUCACUUCCAUCAAUACGGCGGGUGCGAAAUCGAACGAAAACUGGCUACUGGCUUUAGACACUGCCUAUCACUUCUCUCCGUCGCGAUGGGUCUUGAUCAAGUAUGCGUACAGAAGCUUCGGGACAUCGUUCAUGGCAUUCGAUCUCUGCUUAUCACCACAUGCAACGAUGCUACAGAAGCUGAUUCUUCGAGUCCUGACCACGCUCAUGGGUGCACCGUGGAUGAACUUCGUUACCCCCGAGGGCUAUCGACAGAAGCUUGUAGAGAUUGGCUACGCGGACGAUGACAUCAAGAUCACCGACAUCUCUGAGGACGUCUUUGCACCUCUGGCCGAGUAUAUGGACGAUCAGCAUCGUAGGCUCAAGCUACUUGGUCUCGGUCUUGGAAACUUUCAGGCAGCUAAGUGGCUGUUCGGGUGGUGGGGAAGUACCGGUGUGAUACGUGGAGUCGUAGUGGUUGCGAAGCGCGUCGGGGAUCAGUGA